AUGCCGCACCCGAAACAACCGGCUGCCACACCAGCCGGGAGCCUGCCGGUCGAAAGAGAGACGGAAAACGCAGAAUAUCAAGGCGGCCACUCGGACACCCCGUCAUCUAUCUUGCAUGACCACGAUGCUGAGAAGGCUACGCAGCCAAGGUCUCCCGGCGAUGACACCCCGGACGGCGGUCUUCUCGCUUGGCUCGUCUUGCUUGGUGCCUGGUGCACCUCAUUUUGCAGUUUUGGCUGGCUUAACAGUACGACUGCAUCCCAUUGUGUUGGAGUCUUCCAGGAGUACUACCAAAACGAAUUGCUCAGCGGCUACUCGCCCAGCACCAUCUCGUGGAUUCCAUCGCUGCAAAUCUUUUUCAUGAUGGGCAUGGGUCCGAUCGUCGGCAUCAUAUACGAUCGAUUUGGUCCGCGGUGGCUGAUCAUGGUUGGCAGCCUUCUCCAUAUCUUCGGCAUCAUGAUGGCAAGCCUUGGCACCGAGUACUACCAAAUACUCCUUGCGCAGGGGCUGUGCUCAGCCAUUGGUGUGUCGGCAAUCUUUCAACCCGCCGUCACCUGUGUAGCCGGCUGGUUCAACCACAGGCGCGGCGCGGCCUUCGGAAUAUUAUUUACGGGCUCAAGUAUUGGCGGUGUCAUGUUCCCCAUAAUGCUGUCACAUCUAAUCCGUGAGGUCGGCUACGGCUGGGCCAUGCGCAUUUCCGGCUUUCUCAUGCUCUUCCUCUUGAUCAUCGCCAACCUCACCGUCCGCGCCUAUCGCCCUCCAUCCCCGCACAAAAUCACCGGCGCCCAGCUCCUCAAGCCCCUCACCGAGACGGAAUUCCUCCUCCUCACUGCCGGUUUAUUUUGCUUUAGCUACGGCUUCUUCGUUCCCAUCAACUAUCUCCCCGUGCAGGCACUCAGCUCGGGCAUGGAUCCCGACCUGGCCCAUUAUCUGCUGCCCAUACUGAAUGCGGCGUCGCUGUUCGGGCGUCUCUUCUCGGGCUUUGUGAGCGACAAGAUCGGUCGAUUCAACACCUUCGUCGUCGUCUGCUACCUGUCCGCCAUCUGGAUCCUGGCACUUUGGUUGCCCGACACAAGCGAUCCGGCGCUCAUCGCCUUCGCUCUGCUGUUCGGUUUCUUCUCCGGCGCGUAUGUCUCGCUCAUUACGCCUCUGGUCAUGCAGAUCUCGCCGAUGGCGGAGAUUGGGUUCCGCACUGGCAUCGUCCUCUUCGUCACUGCUAUUGGGGGCUUGACGACGAAUCCCAUCAACGGCGCUAUACUGGACAACUCGGGCGGUUGGGUUGGCCUCAAGGUCUUCUCUGGGGUGUUUUGUCUUGCUGGCACUACCUUUGUGCUCGUGGCGAGGAUCAGACGUACUGGCUGGAAACUGCUUGUCCGCUUUUAGGGUCCCGGUUCCGGUAAACAGAAGCAACCUGUAAUUAUAUUUUGUAACCGCCUCUCCUCUUCAAACAAUUAGAAAAACA